ACACUCCGGCUGAGAAACGGAGAAAUGGUGCGUGGUGUGAGAUCUGAGAUUCCGAUGCCAGGGUCUCGAUCCAAGUUCAAACGCAUUGUCUCUCGCCACCAAGCAAUGAAAUCAACAUUUCUUCAGCUCAAAUCUCAAAUCCAAAUGAGCCUGCUCCAGGUCGAAGAAGUAUUCACAUCUCUGUCCGUUCCUUUGAUGAGGCUUGUCGGUUUGAAGACGGCCGAAAUGGCUGAAGAGGGAAGAUUCAUCACCAUUCUCACGAAGGCUGAUUCGUUUGAUCACGGAUGCUGGAGCGAUGGAGUUGCAGCCGGACAUCUGACUAGAUCGCCGUCUGCCAGCGAUGGAGGUCAUCGGAAUUAUCAGAUUCGUAAAUUGGAGGAAGAAAGCUAUGCUACCAAGGCCACCAUUGCAGCCAAAGAACAGAAAGAGAAGCAGCGACUGGAAAUAACUCAACUAGUCCGCCUCCUUAGACAAAUCGAGACUCAAGUCAACUCCCACCACGGUGACAUCCGCCAGACACUGGCCGACCACAGGAGGUCCCUCCACAAAUCCUUUCAGAAAGCCAUUUCGUAUAUUGCUGCCAUUCACCAUUCCUGUCAAAACCAGGAAACCCUUCUCUUCGUGUUGAAUGUCUUCCAAAUCACGCUCAGACAAGUGGAUGCUGCCCUUAACGCAGUGGAGAGUGGUGUGGAAGACCUCAUGCAGCAGUUGGCUCAACAAAUGUGCAAUCCACUGGUGGAGUAUGUGAAGCGCCUCAAGACCGAAACGACAUUAGGCACAUUUGCUCGCCUAUUAGCCAUGGUGGAAGAGAUGGAACGGGAAAUCAGAGAUGGGAGGGUGGAGCUGGAGGAGGAGAGAAUGAAGGUGAGAGUUGCAGAAAAAAAGAUGCUUGAGGCUCUGACUAGGUUGACAGAAUUAGAAGACAGAGAGAGAAUGAAGGAACAGCUUGGGUCGCUCUUAGAAACUAGGAAAAGCUAUACUCUACGUCCACGCAAGGUUCGCCGACCCUGUUAAUAUGUGAGACCAGUUGCUUCCUAACUCGCAUUGAUUUGGUAGUCGGAAUUUGGAAGUCCAUCGAUGGCUUCCUCUGGCCACCAUCCAGUAAUAUGACUGCAAAACGGUACAAAAUUUGUGUUUGUUUCUUAUACUGACCACAUUUUCAUGCAA